GGAAGUACCUUCGCUCUCCCAGUUAGUUUUGCUCUGUGGCUGAGAAAUGGCUGAAGUACUGCCCAUUAUACUUAUCUUCCUGUUCUCAGUGACUCUCGUGAGGAAUUGGCACAUGGGUGAGAUUACCACAUUUGAGACAAAUUCCUGCGAAGAACGCCAAACGGAAGGUAUCAUCUGCUACAGUUGCAGCGUUGUUGGGGUUUGCGUGCUGAUUGACCAGCAAUGGCAUACAAUUCCCAUUGAGGAGUGCGACACAGCAGGCGGGUACUUUUGCAAUGUCGUUGCUGGAACGUGCUCAAAUGCCUCCGGACCGUGCAAUCCAGUGGGACAUGAGAGGAACUUUGUCUGCACAGCAGCUGGGAUCUUCCCUGAUCCGUACGACUGCCAAAUGUAUCACAUGUGCUACCGCAGUGGCAACAGCUUUGGUGCCAUCAAUGUGGAAUGUGGUGGCAAUAGUGCAUUCUCCGUGAUUACAGGUGAUUGCUCCAUCACCAUUGACAAUCACGUGUGCAGGGAGCAUCAGUAUAGGUGCGAGAAUGUUGGUGAUCGUGGUGCCUGGCCAGGAAAUUCCAAUAUUUUCUACAUUUGCAAGGCCGAAGUACUCGAAGAUGGGCGACGUGUCCUCUAUCCAGGACUCUAUCGGUGUGGCCCAUCGGAGCACUUUGUAAACAACGAAUGCCGCCUGGGCAGCCCCGAAGGUCAUCCCACACUACCGCCUAGCAACACCUGUGUCACCUCGGGGAUCUUUAUCGAUCCCACAGAUUGCACGUCGUACCUUCUGUGUGAUCAUGAUCUAAAUCUCCAUGUGAUUCAUUGCCCCGAGGAUUCAUUCUUCAAUCCUGAAAUUCUUGCAUGUGAACGAGGGAAUUGCACCAACUAA